AUGAAUAUACGCGUUUGUUCUUGUAAUAAUAACCGAGACUCUGGCGAAAGAAGGAACGUUGGAAGAAACUACGUAGUUCUCUCCGAUGCUAAGCACUUCUUAAAAGUUGUAGCGGUGCACGUUGAACCGACUAUCUUUGAUUCGUACUACAAUGGAUGUUGCAACGGGACUUUCUGGCCAUUGUUUCACUCGAUGCCUGAUCGAGCGACCUUCAUCGCGGAGCAUUGGCGCGCGUAUUCCGCGGUCAACGAGGAAUUCGCUGCGAAAACGGUUCGUGCACUGGAACAAAUCCAUAAAGAGCAAAAUAAUCAACCGAAUGGCACGCCGUUGGUCUGGGUGCAUGACUAUCAUCUAAUGUUAGCAGCGAACUGGAUUAGACAAGCUGCCGAUGAGAAAUGUCUCAGGUGUAAAUUAGGUUUCUUCCUCCACAUCCCUUUCCCACCAUGGGACAUCUUCAGAUUGUUCCCAUGGGCUGAUGAAAUACUCCAAGGGAUGCUUGGUUGCGACAUGGUCGGUUUUCACAUUCAGGACUAUUGCCUGAACUUUGUCGAUUGCUGUCAGAGAUGUCUCGGAUGCAGGGUUGAUCGCAAGAAUUUGCUGGUGGAGCAUGGUGGAAGAACUGUACGAGUGAGACCACUUCCCAUUGGUAUCCCGUUCGAUAGAUUCGUUUCGCUGGCCGAGACUGCCAGCAAGGUCAUGUUGACCAACCAGAAAAUUGUAUUGGGCGUUGAUCGUUUGGAUUAUACCAAGGGUUUGGUCCACAGACUAAAAGCAUUCGAGCUGUUGUUAGAAAAGCAUCCGGAACAUCGUGAACAGGUCACUAUGCUACAAAUUGCUGUGCCAUCGCGAACCGACGUCCGCGAAUAUCAAGAUUUGAAACUUGAAAUGGAUCAGCUGAUCGGCCGUAUAAACGGCCGGUUCACGACACCGAAUUGGUCCCCUAUUCGUUACAUUUAUGGCUGCGUGAGUCAGGACGAAUUGGCAGCGUUUUACAGGGAUGCCGCAGUUGCUCUGGUCACACCACUUAGGGAUGGUAUGAAUUUGGUCGCCAAGGAAUUCGUUGCCUGUCAGAUCAACAAACCGCCCGGUGUGUUGAUCGUUUCUCCGUUUGCUGGAGCUGGAGAGAUGAUGCACGAAGCCCUGAUCUGUAAUCCCUAUGAAUUGGACGAAGCUGCAGAAGUUAUUCAUAGAGCACUUACUAUGCCAGAAGAUGAACGCACGUUAAGGAUGAAUCACUUAAGACGCCGCGAAAGGAUCUACGAUGUCAAUUAUUGGAUGAAAUCCUUCCUGCAAGUGAUGGGUUCGUUGGAGGAACAUGAUUCAGUGGGUGCGACGACUAUGCAGCCGGUUACCAUGGAUGAUUUUGAUGAUUACUUAAGCAAGUAUAUCGGCGAUAAUCAUAAAUUGGCUCUUCUGCUGGACUACGACGGCACUCUGGCUCCUAUCGCGACCCAUCCGGAUCUCGCUAUAUUACCCCUCGAGACGAAGAACGUUCUCCAAAGGUUGUCGAACAUGUCCGACGUAUACAUAGCGAUCAUAUCAGGCAGAAACGUGAACAACGUGAAGUCCAUGGUUGGUAUAGAAGGUAUCACGUACGCUGGCAAUCACGGGUUGGAAAUUCUGCAUCCAGACGGUAGCAAGUUUGUCCAUCCGAUGCCCGCCGAGCUGGAAGGCAAGGUGGCGAAUUUGAUGCAAACGUUGCAAGACCAACUUUGCAAAGACGGUGCCUGGGUGGAAAACAAAGGAGCGUUACUGACGUUCCACUAUCGUGAAACGCCAGUGGAAGGACGUUCCGAGAUGGUCGAACAGGCGAAGAACAUCAUCGAACAAGCGGGAUUCAAAGCUUGUUCGGCGCAUUGUGCCAUUGAAGCGAAACCACCGGUCGAGUGGAACAAGGGCCGUGCUUCCAUUUACAUUCUGCGUACAGCAUUUGGGUUGGAUUGGAGCGAACGUAUCAGGAUCAUUUAUGUUGGCGAUGAUGUCACAGAUGAGGACGCAAUGAGGGCGUUAAAGGGUAUGGCAGCUACGUUCCGCGUAGCAUCAUCGCACAUAAUCCGUACAUCAGCAGAGAGGCGUUUGCCGAGCACGGAUUCCGUGUUGACUAUGUUGAAAUGGGUGGAGAGACACUUGAGUAGACGCAAACCACGCAACAGCACUGAUAUUCCUUCCAGAUUCCGCCGUAGCAGCGCCGGAAUUACCAUGGAAAUGUCCUAUACGCCGUCGAAUACGGCGUUAGAAUCCUAG